AUGCUUCGCGUAUUUUUGGUUCAUCGGAAUUCGUCCUCCUGUGUUCGCCUUCGGGACACAGAUGGUUCCCAAAAGCGGGCAGGAAUGCCUGAGGUACAAGGGGAGUGGUGGAGUGAGCCGCAGCAGGAUCACAGCUUCGGGCCUGGAGUUGCGAGAGCUGAGGCGCCACAACUACAAGUCGUCGGUGCUGCCCAACAAGGCCGCCUCCUACCUCGAGCACCGGCGAGCCCGCACCGGCAGGGUUAUGAACAUGGGCCAGAAGAUAUCAACUGUGAAGAGGGUAUGUGGAUAACCUCUUCAUGGUUAGGUCCUACUAAAUCAUCAAGAUUCAAGCCCGAUCAUCCGAUCAUGACAAUCCAGAGAGAAAGAAGUAUAUCGGAAUCGUUCACGGACGAGGGAAGUCAAGUCGCGGUUGGUAGCGCUUUUUCCCGAAGCGGACAAAGACAGGAAGUCCAAUUAGACGAAGUCAUCCUGAGGAUGAUCAGAGAACCAUGGAGGGACUUUAAUAUUCAACAGCGAUGGUCGGCCUUGGGCAGUUCUCGAGCCUUCAGACCAUGCAGGAGACAAAGCAGUUGUUCUUCAGGAGCUGACUGCAGGGCAAAGACCCUCCCAAGGACUGCUUCUUCUGAAGAGCACAAGGUUGUGUACGAGGCAGCUGUGGCCACCAUAUGCCUCUCCUCUCUCUUGUCUUCCUUCGUUACGUAA